AUGCAGGACUCGCAGUCUUCCACGCACUCCAAGUCGGCGCGGCGCUCGCCGCUCACGUCCAGUCUGGACGAUCAGGGCAGCACGCCGAGCGCCUCGUCCUCGUACUUCAUCGAGGGCCCGUGGGAGCAGCGUAAUCGCCGUUUCCAGAACGUGCUGCUCCAUGUGUGUAGCUUUAUCCUGAUCCUCGAGUUCGCCGAGCGCGUGAGCUACUAUGGUAUCAACCAGGGCCUCAAGAACUUCAUGGGCAAACUCGGCUGGUCGCAGGUCGGCUCCAACUCCCUCAAGAGCACGUGGACCUCAAUCUGUUACCUAUCGCCGCUACUAGGUGGCUACAUCGCCGACGAGAAGUGGGGGCGCUUCAAGACGCUCUGGGUUUUUGGAAUAUGGUACACUAUCGGCGCCUUCCUGGUCACUGCCUCGGCCUAUCCAACGUUUAUGGAGCCCGAGCACGGCAACCACUUGGUCGGCAACGUUCUGUGCCACCUCGGUCUGUUCGCCGGCGUGGCAGUAGGCACAGGAGCCAUCAAGGCCAACGUCAUCACGUUCGGCGCCGACCAGUUCGACCCCAACGACCCCAACGAAGUCAUGCAGAAGGAGCAUUUCUUCAGUUAUUUCUACAUCGUCAUUAAUCUGGGUGCCAUUUUCUCAUACGGUUACUUAUCGGUACUCUGUGUCGAAGGCUCAGGCGCCAUCACGAAGGAGUAUGGCUAUUUUGCGAAUUUUUUCAUUUGUGGCGGAGUGAUGGUCUUUGCCUACAUUUUGUUCCUGUUUGGAGCUCCCCGAUAUGUCCAUUUCGCGCCGCAGGAUAGUGCACUCACCAAGCUGUGUACGAUCGUCUUGGGGAAUUGUGCGUUCAGUUUCGAGGCCAGGAUGCUGUACUACGGUCUGAUCGCCUUUGGGUUGGCGUUCCCACUCAAUCUACUCGCGUCUUUUAUGUCCGACUGGCUCUCGGUCGGACAGUAUUUGUCGUACCUUGUUGUACUAUGCUGUGCGUUCGGCAUGUACGCAUGGAUCCGCUACGGGAUGAACACAGCUUAUAUGGACAAGUCGAAGGCGUCGAACGGCGGCAAGUUCAACGACGAGACGGUGGACGAGAUUAAGAUGGUGAUUCGAGUGCUGCCUUUCGCGUCCUUCAUGAUCAUGUGGGAGUGCGCGUACGACCAGCUAGACGCCAAUUUCCAGUCGAUCGCUCAGCAGUGCGAUCUUCGCAUAGGUGCCGACAAUGUCACGGAUGUAGACGCCAUUCAGGUCCCCGGUGCAAGUCUAGGUAUCUUCGAUCCGUUGACCAUCAUCCUGCUGAUCCCUGUGCUGGAUGGCUUUGUGUACCCAUUGUGGGGGAAAAUGUUCGGACGACCACCCAGUGCCUUCGGUAAAGUGCUUACCGGGCUUAUAGUGGCCAUGCUGACGAUGAUUUGGUCCGGGUUCUUUGAGAUCAUUCGACGAAACAGCGGCGAGAUCACGUAUCUGGACGCGGAUGGUAUCCUUCAGACUAUUCCGAACAAUGGAUCCGGAGAGCCAAUGAACCACACGUACUGGGCGUACGCGAUCCCGAUGUAUGUGUUGACGGCUGUGGCCGAAUGCCUGAUCAACGUGACAGCUUACGAGCUGUUCUACACAGAGGUGCCUGUGUACCUUAAGAGCACAUGUCAGGCCAUCAAUCUGUUCAUGGUUGCCAUGGGAAGUAAUCUCACGUCCACGUUCACGUUGCUGUUCGAGCACUACAUCACGAACAACCUCAACGACGGCCACUUUGAGUACAUGUACUGGACGCUGGGCGCACUUAGUCUAGUGAACAUCAUCGCGUACGUGAUAGUGAUGAAGUGGAUGGAGUUCGGAAUGGUGCGCUUCGACGCGGACGACGAGCUGCUCGAUGGCACGGUGUUUGAUAGUCAUGGCGUGGACAUUACGAGCAUCCAGCGACACUCGUCGUUCGAGAGCAUUUCCUUGUCGCGAGGGUAG